GGGGGCGCGGGGCCGGGCGGGGACCUGCGGAGCGCGCUGAGCGCCACCGUGCUGCGCCUGGAGCGCCUCGAGCUCGACCUCUUCAGGGGCCGGCACCACUGGGUGCCCGCCACGCGGCGCCUGUUCGGCGGGCAGAUCGUGGGGCAGGCCCUGGUGGCGGCCGCCCACGCCGUGAGCCGCGACGUGCAGGUGCACUCCCUGCACUGCUACUUCGUGCGGGCAGGGGACCCCACGGUGCCGGUGCUGUACGAGGUGGAGCGGACCCGCACCGGGAAGAGCUUCUCCGUGCGCUCCGUGAAGGCCAUCCAGCACGGGAAGCCCAUCUUCAUCUGCCAGGCGUCCUUCCAGCUCUCCCAGCAGAGCCCAGUGCGGCACCAGUUCACCAUGCCGAGCGUGCCGCCCCCCGAGGAGCUGCUGACCCAGGAGGAGCUCAUCGAGAAGUUCCUGCGGAAUCCUAACUUGGCAGAGAAGUACAGAAGGCACCUCACCAAGAUCCAAGCGGAAGACGUGCCGAUCGAUAUCAAACCCGUGAACCCGCCGGAUAUAUUCAGCACGGAGCAGCAGGAGCCCAAGCAGCUCUUCUGGGUGCGAGCCCGCGGCUACAUAGGAGACACUGACAUGAAGGUGCACUGCUGCGUGGCCGCCUACAUCUCGGACUACGCCUUUCUGGGCACGGCCCUGCUCCCCCACCGGCAGUACAGCGUCAAGUUCAUGGUGUCCCUCGACCACUCCAUGUGGUUCCACGCUCCCUUCCGGGCCGACCACUGGAUGCUCUACGAGUGCGAGAGCCCCUGGGCGGGUGGGUGCCGAGGGCUGGUGCACGGGCGCCUGUGGCGCAGGGACGGGGUCCUGGCUGUGACCUGCGCGCAGGAAGGAGUCAUCAGGGUGGAGCAGAAACCGACCCAGAGCAAACUCUAGCCAAGGACGCUGGCGGUAGCGGUGGCACCAAGCUCCCUGUGCUGGGGGUGAGGCCGGCGGAGGCGCCUGCACCAAAUUGGCUACGGGCGAAGGUGAAACCCCGGGCAGCAGAGGAAGGAGCAGCAGAGAAUGGGCCGAGGAGCCCGGCCUGCCGGAGGGCUGGUGCCAGCACCUCGGUGCUGAGCUGGGCCUGCACGGGCUGCAGUGAUUUCCACUUUCACCGCCUGUCAGCGCGUGAUGGUGCUCAGGCACCCUUCACCUAACGUAAAUAAAGCCAUCACGUGAACGGGCGAGCCG